AUCAUCUCAGUCUAAUGUUGGCUCAACACCUCGUUACCUCUUCCUAAACAUUCCUCCCCCGGCCAUCGGUAAUAUAUACACUCUCCCAGCCACAGCAAGAUUGAGGGAAUAUUUCCUCUCCAUCAAACACCAUUAUGGUGUCCUCAAUCUCUAGAUCAAUUCCCUCGUCCGCGCCCCCGAGGCCCCCACCACCUCACUAUCAGACAUUCUUGACCCCGAUUCUCCACCGACGAUUUGCUAGAGCAUGCCUAGUUGGUUUUGCCGCCUGUUAUGUUGAAUCUUUUGUGAUAAGCAACAAGUCGAGCUUUUUCUGGGCGAUUUUCCCAUUGGGAUGGACUGGAUUCAAGGCGGUCAUACUUUUCUUUCUAUCCGUAUUUCCCAUACUCAUCCUCCGUAUCUCGCAGCUCCAUGUGGGCGCAAGAUCUCAUACAACUGUGUUUCACGCAAUGAAGACAUAUAUUGGAUCUUUCUCGACCUAUUCGACCUUCCUUACACACUCGUUUGCUUCCCUGGUGUUUGCUUUUCUCUAUCUGUGGUCUAGUUCGAAAGAAGAUCGCCUUGGCUUCAUCAUCGAGGGAAAGAGUUAUGAGCGUCCGCGGUUAAAUGAGCGAUUCUUAUACCUGACCUUUUUUGCCUGCUAUACCGGGUUAGUUCAAGCAGUGCUCCAUCUUUACGAAGAUCGUGGGAGGCUUCAACUCCCACAUCUCUAUUUAUCUCCCAAGGCGGCCUUCAAGAAGAAAUUUAUUGAAGUCCCCUCUGGCGCCUUCCACAUGGCACUCAUAUCUGCUUCUACAGCUCCAUUCGCCUACAUGCCUUUUCGCCCAGUUAUAUGGCAUUAUACACUGGUCACCGCCAAAACUUUUUACUGGCUUAAUCGAUCUAGUACCCUUCCUUCAUUCCCUGUCGGCGCUGGGAUGUUUAUUAGAUCUCUCUGGCUCUCAUUUCUCAUUGGGGCCAUGUGGCAAAUUUCCAAUAUAGCCUUCGACGUUUAUUUCACCCAAAAGCCGCUCUCGGCGGAUGGCAAGACCGUCAGUGAAAAGUCUUCUGACCCCAAUGGGACUCUAGUUACUGGCCUAAAGGCUUCGCAAGCGCCAUUGGAACCAUCCAAUAUAUCGAUAGACUGA